AUGGGACUAAAGAAUAUGAGUUUGAUCCUAGGAUUUCUAGGGUUUGUUUUUCUGCAAGGUUUGCUCGUUUGCACUGCUUAUAAUGUCCACCACUACAGUUUUAUUGUGAAAAACACAUUUUUUGAAAGGCUUUGUAGCAACAAGACAAUGCUUACCAUAAAUGACAGCUUCCCUGGACCAACAAUUCUUGUCCACAAAGGCGAUAGAGCUUAUGUUAAUGUCCACAAUGAAGCAAGUUAUGGUGUCACUAUUCACUGGCAUGGAGUGAAACAACCAAAAAAUCCAUGGUCAGAUGGUCCUGAGAACAUUACACAAUGUCCCAUCAAACCAGGAAAAAUUUUUACUUAUGAGGUCAUAUUUUCAGAUGAAGAAGGAACUUUGUGGUGGCAUGCACAUAGUGAUUGGACACGAGCCACAGUCCAUGGUGCCAUUGUAAUUUUACCUGAGGCCAAAACCACUUAUCCAUUUCCCAAGCCUGUUGCAGAACAAGUACUCAUACUUGGGGAAUGGUUCAAGGGAGAUGUGAAAGAGAUAAAAGAUAAUGCCACAGCUACCGGCAGUGAUCCAACACUAUCAGAUGCUUACACUAUCAAUGGACAACCAGGAUUUCCAAACAAUUGUUCUAAUGGUGCUUCAUAUAAACUUACAGUUGAGCAUGGAAAAACAUAUCUUCUACGUCUAGUAAGCGCUGUGAUGAAUGAAGAAAUGUUCUUUGGAAUCGCCAAACACAAUUUCACAGUUGUGGCGCAUGAUGGUGCAUACAUAAAGCCCAUAACCACAAGUUACAUCAUGAUAACCCCAGGACAAACAAUGGAUAUUUUGGUCACAGCAAACCAGUCUCCAAGUCACUAUUACAUAGCUGCUACUCCUUUCUCUGACUCCAAUGCUGCAUUUGAUAGUACCAAUACUUCAGCUAUUCUUCAGUACACAGGCAAUUAUACACUUCCAUCCUCUAUUCCCUAUCCGACCCUUCCUAAUGUCACAGACCAGAAUGCUGCAGACAACUUCACAAUUCGCAUAAGAUCUUUGGCAAGUGCUGAACACCCAAUUAAUGUGCCCAAAAAUAUCACCACACGAAUUUUUAUCGCAGUUUCCGUAAACCAAAUACUUUGUGCUAAUGCGUCGUGUGGGGGUCCAGGUGGUAAUAGCAGGCUAGCUGCAAGCUUAAAUAACGUAAGUUUUGUGACCCCAUCCAUUGAUAUACUACAAGCAUACUACAGGAGCUUGACAGGCGUUUUCGGAAGUGAUUUCCCGAAUCAGCCACCCUCUGUUUUUAACUUCACAGGAGAUGUGGGUAAUAAUACGUUAUACCCAACCCAAGGAACAAAGGCAAGGUUGAUAAAUUAUGGGGAAGCAGUGGAAAUAGUGUUCCAGGGGACAAACGUUGGGAAUGCAGAGAAUCACCCAUUGCAUUUACAUGGUUUUAGCUUCUAUUUGGUUGGGACAGGUUAUGGAAAUUUCAAUGCUACCUCUUCCCCAAGUACUUACAAUCUGAAUGAUCCACCAGAAGUUAACACCUUUGGAGUUCCUAAGAAUGGAUGGGCCACGAUUAGAUUUUUUGCUAAUAAUCCAGGGGUGUGGUUUAUGCACUGUCAUUUGGAAAGGCAUGCAAGCUGGGGUAUGGACACUGUCCUCAUUGUGAAGAAUGGAACCACCGUGGAAACAAGCAUUCUGCCACCUCCAACUAAUUUGCCUACUUGUUCAUAA